AAAGACGUUGGAUUGGAAAGGAAAUGGAGCAUGUGGGCUUCUUUUGCUCCCAUUCACCAAAUAUAUAAAGACCCAUCUAUUUUACUUGAAUUCAAUUGCCGUGUUCAUCACUUUAAGAUCAACCCAGAUUGUCUUUUUGAAGUAUUUUAUAGAUACUCAUCCAAAAAGGAAGUCUUUCAUAGAUUUCUUUUAUUAGGUGACGUUUAUUUUUGUAAGUAUUGGGGUGUUUGUAAUAGAAGUAAUAUAAUUAUAUGUAUGUAUAUAUUUGUUAUCUGCUUAACAAGGUUUGGCUUUGUGUUUUGAGAUUGAAUUGAAAAAAAAAGGAAAAGAGAAAAGCAAUCGUAAAUGGAAGAAGGCAAUACAAAAAGCAAGUUCAGGAGGGUUUGUGUUUUCUGUGGGAGCAACUCCGGCCACAGAAAAGUCUUCAGUGAUGCCGCUCUUGAAUUAGGCAAUGAACUGGUGAAGAGGAGGAUAGACUUGGUGUAUGGUGGAGGAAGUGUUGGGUUGAUGGGUUUGAUAUCUCAGACAGUGUAUGAUGGAGGUUGCCACGUUCUCGGGGUCAUUCCAACAGCUCUCAUGCCUCUUGAGAUAUCUGGUCAAACUGUUGGAGAAGUAAGAACUGUUACAGACAUGCAUGAGCGUAAAGCUGCAAUGGCUCGAGAAGCUGAUGCCUUUAUUGCUCUUCCUGGAGGAUAUGGAACUAUGGAAGAGUUGUUGGAGAUGAUAACGUGGGCCCAACUCGGAAUUCAUAAGAAACCAGUUGGUCUGCUAAAUGUUGAUGGGUACUAUAAUUGCUUGCUGGCAUUAUUUGACAAUGGCGUUGAAGAAGGAUUCAUCAAACCAGGUGCUCGGCAUAUAGUUGUCUCUGCUCCAACUGCCAAAGAACUAAUUAUGAAGAUGGAGCAAUAUACUCCUUUCCAUGAACAUGUUGCUCCUCAUGAAAGCUGGCAGAUGGAGCAACUUGGUAAUUAUCCAGGAAAAGAAAAUGCACAGUGAUUAUUAUUGUCUUUGCUUUAUGGUCAAUUGAAACACUGUUCUGUAGUCAUAUCUGGUUGGUUCCACUUGCUAAAGGGCAAAGAUACUUUGAAAUGGGAAGCGCUGAUAUGAAAUAGUACAGAAUCUUCUAGUAAGUGGUGAGAGGUCCCACAAUUUAGUGGCUUAAUUGGACUAGAUAGCUGAUUUGAGGACAACUUGGACUUUUGGUGAAGCUAUUGAAUACCAGUAACCUAAAGAUGACUUCAUCAUGAGAUCCACGCAUGAAACCAUCAAAGGAACAUUCAAUUCUAAAUCACAUUCAUUUAGUAAACAUACUAGAGAACAUCUUAAGGAAGCUUCCUUCUAGUUAUUCUUUUGAUUUGAUAAUGUCAAAUAAUUUCAUUCUUA